UACCUGAAGGGAAAAACCCCACCUCUGAACCAUCAUAUCAACCUGAACGUUAGGAUUCCUUUUAAUGUUAACUCUCUUUAAGACCGGCUGACCGCUCCAUACACAUACAGUAUACAUUGACAGUCUAUUGGCGAUCAUCUAUGCUGCAAUUGGAUUUGUAUUUUUCCGAGCAGAGUUAAAAAUGGAUGAUACUCCUCUUGAUAGCAUUAGCCUGCUCUAGUUAUGCUGAGACUGCUCAAUGCUGAGCUCCAUUGAGAAUAGGUUUAAAGGGGUUGAAUGCCUUCUGCUGAGGCAGGGCAUCUACUGGCCACUCUUUACAUGCCUCUGGCGCGGCCCGCUGGCCUUUGUGUCACCCAACAAUGAUGGCACCGUAGCACCACAGCCAGGGAGAGAUCAUUGUUCAGUUCAGCCAAUGGGAGAGCAACAAAUAGACGUUUAUGUGAUGUGUGAGUUUCUGUGCAUAUGUGUGUAUGUGCAUGGUAAUGCAAAGGUGAAUGCAUGUGAAGUGAAUGUCUCUUUCACACCUGUUGCUUUUGCAUCUACUCUGUGACGAAGGGGAGGGCGACGUCACACAAGGAAAGAGCCAAUCAGACAUUAGCUGUUUGGAUUUAUGCCAGGGUUUUUAGGCUUGUAAGACUUUAGUACAAGUGGCAAAAGCCAGUUUUAAAAAAAAAAGAAAAGUCAGCUGAGACGAGAUGCCCUAUACACCGUCUGGCUUUUUCUGUGACCGGUUGAUCCGGGAACGAGAGAGGAGAGAUGGGGAAGGAUCUCUGAACAAGCCCCUCCGCUUCAACGGCCAGGAUUUCACCGUUCUGAGACAGGAGUCCCUUCAGAGGAAGACCCUGUUUGAGGAUGACUCUUUCCCGGCCACUGUGGAGUCUUUGGGCUUCAAGGAGCUCGGACACAAGUCCAACAAGGUCAAGAACAUCGUCUGGAAGAGGCCAAAGGAGAUCUGUGAGAACCCUCAGUUCAUUGUUGGAGGAGCCAGUAGGACAGACAUCUGCCAGGGAGAUCUUGGUGACUGCUGGUUGCUGGCUGCCAUCGCCUGUCUCACUCUGAAUGAGAAGCUUCUCUAUCGUGUUGUUCCCCAGGAGCAAAGCUUCUCUGAGGGCUAUGGUGGCAUCUUCCACUUCCAGUUCUGGCGUUAUGGCGACUGGGUUGAUGUUGUCAUUGACGACCGCAUCCCCACCUUCAACAACCAGCUGGUCUUCACUAAGUCCGCUGAGAGGAACGAGUUCUGGAGCGCCCUGCUGGAGAAGGCUUAUGCCAAGCUGCAUGGCUCCUACGAGGCCCUGAAGGGUGGAAACACCACCGAGGCCAUGGAGGAUUUCACCGGUGGAGUCACUGAGUUCUACGAGAUGAAGGAGGCUCCCAAAGAGCUCUAUAAGAUCAUGAAGAAAGCUCUGGAGAGAGGCUCCCUCAUGGGCUGCUCCAUUGAUUCCCUGGUUCCUGCUCGCUUUGAGACUCGUACUGUGACAGGACUUGUGAAGGGUCACGCCUACUCUGUGACCGCAGUGGACGAGUGCAAACCAUCUCAGCAAAAGGACAGUAAGGUUCGUCUGGUGCGUCUGAGGAACCCGUGGGGUCAAGUGGAAUGGAACGGUCCCUGGAGUGACAACUCUAAGGAGUGGACCACGCUCUCUAAGGCUGACAAAGAUAAGCUGCAGCACCAGAGUGCCGAGGAUGGAGAGUUCUGGAUGUCCUUCGAGGACUUCAAGAAGAACUACACUAAGAUUGAGAUCUGUAACCUCACCCCUGACGCCCUGGAGGACGAUAAGAUCCACAAGUGGACGGUUUCUGUGAACGAAGGUCGCUGGGUGAGAGGCUGUUCCGCCGGGGGCUGCAGGAACUACCCAGACACUUUCUGGACCAACCCUCAGUACCGCCUCCGUCUGCUGGAGGAGGAUGACGAUCCCGAGGACAACGAAGUGGGCUGCACCUUCGUGGUGGCUCUGAUGCAGAAGAACAGGCGGAAAGAGCGCAAGAUGGGAGCCAACCUCUUCACCAUCGGAUUCGCCAUUUACGAGGUGCCAAAGGAGAUGCAUGGGAACAAGCAGCACAUGCAGAAGGACUUCUUCCUGUUCAACUCCUCCAAGGCUCGUUGCAAGUCCUACAUCAACCUGCGCGAGGUGACCCAGCGUUUCCGCCUGAGCUCUGGGGAGUAUGUCAUCGUCCCCUCCACGUACGAGCCGCACCAGGAGGGAGAGUUCAUCCUGCGAGUCUUCUCUGAAAAGAGGAACACCUCAGAGGAGAUAGAGAACAGGAUCGAAGCCGAUCAUCCAGUGCCGGCGCCGGCCUCAGCAGGGGAAGAGAGCGAGGAGGACCAGCAGUUCAGGUCUAUUUUUCAGGAGAUAGCCGGCGAUGUGAGUAGAAGGAGUGAAUUCUCCCUCUGGUGUGUCUCACAGGACAUGGAAAUCACAGCGAACGAACUGAAAAACGUUCUCAACAGAGUGAUCACCAAACAUAAGGACCUCAACACAGAGGGCUUCAGCCUGGAGAGCUGCAGGAGCAUGAUUGCUCUGAUGGACAUGGAUGGGACAAGUAGACUCAACCUUCAGGAGUUCAGACAUCUGUGGAAUAAGAUCAAACAGUGGCAGGGAAUCUUUAAGCACUAUAACGCUGACCAGUCCGGUAGCAUCAACAGUUACGAGAUGAGGAAUGCUGUCAAUGAUGCAGGCUUCCGUCUCAACAACCAGCUGUACGACAUCAUCACCAUGCGCUACGCAAACGAGAACAUGAACAUCGACUUCGACAGCUUCAUCAGCUGUCUGGUUCGACUCGAAGCCAUGUUCAGGGCGUUCCAGGCCUUUGAUCAGGAUGGAGAUGGUACAAUCAGACUCAGUGUCCUGGAGUGGCUCCAGUUGACCAUGUACGCCUAGAAAGGCCCAUCUUCUCCCAGGUGAGCUCCACUCCACACGAGGACCAGACCUGCCAGCCUUUACCUCAAUAUUCAGUGUGCCCGAUCGUCGUUAGCUCUCAUCCACCUCCAGCCUUCCCUCCCUCAGUCCCAACAAGCUCUGCUCUUUCUCCUCAAAAAGUGUUCAACAUGCUUCUUCCAUUUCAUCUCUUCAGUUCCCUCUAUCUAGGUCUCAGGCCUUUUGCAUACUUUUUUUCUGCUCCUUCAAUUAUCAUCGAAAUAUCAGUUCAGCCAUUAGCCUCUAUUUUUUUUUUUUUUUUUUUUUAAAGGCACCCUUAUGUAAAACACUUGUACGGUACUUUUCUCAGGCAUCAAACACACACAACCUCUUUUUUUUUGUCAAUACCUCACAGAGCUCCUUCUACCAACCCCCUCAUGUUAUCAUCUGUUGUCAAACUGGGCAGCAAGAGCAUUUUUCCUGUAUUCCUUCCAGUGAACUGGGCUCUCUGGUGGACAGUGAAUAAACUUGUGAAUCACUCCUUCACCUGUUAUAUUUCUGAUAAUACAACCAACACUUUCUACAGGACUUCCAGGCCUCCCCCUGAACCAAUAUCACUCUGCCCCCCACCCUGUUUUUAAUCACUUAUUUUUGUGAAUAAAACGAUCCUGCUGGAUUUUUCGUGGGCCUCAAGAAUCAGUCACAUGUCACCUGUGCUCCAGUCUUAUGGAUAGCGCUCCCUGGUGGACAAACUCAGGCUUCUUUUGUUCAUCUCAGCUCCAGCCAACGGGAACUGACAACUGUCCAGUCUUUCAGCUCUUCAUGUGGACGGAAGAGAGAUUCAAGAACAAAACUGUGGAGCUGACAAGUUUUUUUUUUUUUUUACUUUAACAUCGACGUUCGAGGUUCAAAUAUGGAUUUGAAAGAAAAUGG